AUGGUCCUCGUCUUCGUCAUCUCUUUCGCCGUCUACCUCUACCGCCGCCCCGACUGUAUGUUUCUAGGGCAGGACGAAGAAAAUCCGGGCUCGAGCGAUUCUCAACGAGUCGUCGCGAGACUCAACGCGGAUUUCGCGAAACCCGGCCUCGAUCCUUCCGUGAUUCAAAACCUGCCCGUUAUAAUCUUCCGCCCCGAAAAUGACGUGUUGAAAUCGAAUUCCCCAAACGUCGGCGGCGACGCGGCGGCAUAUCCACAUCCAGGUGGCGAUCGUGACACUAACGAGAGGAUCCUGAGCCUGCGCGAGUGCGCGGUGUGCCUGGGCGAGUACGCGGCGGGCGAGCGCAUCAAGGUGGUGCCGGCGUGCGCACACGGCUUCCACGCCGACUGCAUCGACCUCUGGCUCGCCGCCAAAACCACCUGCCCCAUCUGCCGCCGAGACCUCCGCGGCCCCGCCACAGCCCCCGCGCAAGAAAACUUAUCGCGGGUGGAAAGCGACUCGCUGGCGGAAUCCGGGGAGCGUAUGGAGACUUCAUCCGGAGGAGAGCGAGCGGAAAGAGAGGUAGCGGGAUCGGAAGCAUCGGCGGAAUCGCAAAGAAUAGGGAUUUCGGCUGCAGCAGAACCAACUCCGCGAGCUGACGCGGUGAUUGUGCGGAUAGGGGCAGAUCCGGGGAACGACGCUGUGAUGAACGUGCCCAUAGCGGCUGGCGCGUGA